AUGCUGCCUGACGCCUACGGGUGCGUUGUGGCGAACAGGUUCGGGGAUCUUCUCGACGACGACGCGGAUCCUUUCGACCUGAUUACCCAGGUGGAAGCCGAAAAGGAGAAACAGAGGAAGAAGAAAAAGGAGGAGGAGGAGAAGAAGAAGAAGACCAAGCAGAAGAGACCCGGCCAGAGGGAAUCCCAGAAGGACAGACGCCUCCCGAGAGGCUCCGACGCCGGUCAGGACCCGGUUCCGGUGCUGAAGCCAGGGCAGGCGUACCCUGCAGCGGGGAGUCAGAGUGGACAAGGCAAGGAGCAGGGCCAGAGGGGCAUGAAGAGGGCUGCCGCUGGCCAACGGAGGGCUAAACAAGAGGAGCAUCCACUGGAGCCUUCCACUGAUAAGCCCUCCUACAACCCAGACUCUUACGUGGAGGGUAGAGGGGGAUCCAGAGGCAGGAGGGGGGCGAGAUCUGGAGGAUACUCCAGGAACUCGGACGGCUUCAAUCAGAGAGGCAGGAGGGAAUUUGAUCGACACAAUGGAACUGGGAUAUCUCCUGAGGAAAAAAGAGGAGGCAGAGGACCGUGGAACUGGGGCGCAGCUGAAGAUGAUGCAGGUGAGCUAAUGGAGGUGACGCCUGAUGAAUCACCCAAGAAUGACGAGCCUCAAACACCCACAGAGGGGAAUCCAAAUGGCAACGCAGAAGAGGAAAAUGGCGAGAUUAUGGUCCAUGUUGCCAUGGAGAUGUCCCUGGAUGAGUGGAAGGCCAUGCAGGAGAUGAAACGUCCCAAAUCAGAGUUUAACAUCCGCAAAGCAGAGGAUAAGAUUCCCUCCAAGGCCAAGGUCAUUCACCAGUCGAAGAACCUGGAGAUCCUGAAGACUCCCAUGGAGGACGGGGAGGACGAGGGGAACUACCUUCGCAAGUCUGUUAACGACAUCACUUCCCUCUUGGACAUCAACUUUGGGAGUCUUGGCCGCCCCAGUCGAGGGGGCCGAGGAAGAGGGGGGCGCGGCGGACAAAGCGUUCGCUGGGAGGGGCCCAAACUCGCACCGGAGAAGGACGAACUGGCCCCCAACCCGGACGACCCAGAGGACUUUCCGGCGCUGUCGGCAGGAAAAUAA